AUCACCUGAUGGGAUCCUAUGGCUGUUAGGGCCGAUUCCCCAUAUGGUCAUCACCGCUUGAGUGCGAUUCGGAGAAGCGGGCGUAGCCAAAGCGACUGUUCCGAUAUCUGCUGAAAAUGGACUAGCCAAUAUGGAAUCCAUACGCUGUUAUUCAUAUCUGUCAUCACAAGAGGCACAGAAGAUCAUUUUUGGCCAGACAUGUCGAAACCAAAGCUUUCAUUGGCUCUCGGUUGGUAUUCAUGGGUGAAAGAUGGUCCUUUGAAUUUUCCUGCAAUUGAUGCAAACUGUAGGAUCCGUAGUCCCCGAGCAGUGGAGACACUAGCACUUGGAAGAUCAUAGCGCUGCGCUGUUAUCACCAUGCCCUCCAUUUGUCUUAGCUUGUGUCCUAUUUAACAGAAACGUUCAUGACAGCAUGAAGUCAAGUUCUCCACCUACAGGAUCUUACAGAUGUCUUUCAACACAAGACUGACUGCCCUCCCAGUCUCUCACGAGAAAUUCAGGGUUUCACGGCGCUCCUCUAUCUUUUCUAGCUUCCUCACGUUCCUAGCCCCUCCGACACACACCGAGAUUCAGGCUUGUUGGGAACUCUGCCGACUUCAGAAUGGUAUGGGCUGCUCCACGGUUUUCUUGCCCGUAGCAUGGUCGCUUGCUAUGGUAUAUCACGCCUUCCCUGAACUUCGUGGGAUCGUGGUUCUACACCGUGCAGCCCUUUACUUCUUCCUCUGCAUCGGAAUCAAAUCCUUGAUAAUGACUAUUGAUGAUAUCCUCGACUGCGACAUCGACGCUCGCGUUGAACGGACCAAGGGUCGCGCCCUACCCCGAGGCGCGAUCAGUAUAGAACGUGCUUGGUUGUUCUUCUCCCUUCAGGUCGUCAUCGGUGUUUACUUGGCCAAUAUCUUCUUGAGCUCUAACGCUCUUCGUAUUUCCAUGACUGUAUGGCCGUUAUAUGUCUUGUACCCUACGUGCAAGCGAUGGAUGUACUUUGCUCCCAUUCCAUUGGGGCUGAUGUUCAACAUUGGGAUAUACAUGGGAUGGGCUGACCUUACACCUAAUGGCCAUAUUCCCUGGGCGGCCCUUACAGCUGCUUACGUCGGCGCCAUCCUUUGGACAAUCACCUAUGAGACUGUAUACCAGCACCAGGAUAAGCUCGCUGAUGCCAAGAUCGGCAUGAGGUCGCUCGCCAUGUUCUGUGGGGAAUAUACCAUUCCUGUUUGCGCUACCACCACCAUCGGAUUCGCGUCCCUCGUGUCGUACGGUGGUUAUCUCAAUGGGCAAGGCCUGCCAUAUUACCUCGCCGUGGCGGUGUCCGGCGGUAUUCUUCUCAAGGAGCUGCUCUCAACCAAUAUUGAUGAUCCCAGGCAAUGCAUGAAAUUCUUCCUCCGCACCCCGAUGAUAGGAAAUAUCGUGCUCGGAGGAUUGGUUCUUGAUGCGGUCCUUCAGCGUGCCGUCAAUGGGAUUCCCUUGUAGAUGGUGUUUUCAACAGCGUACGGCUCACAUAUUAUCGAUUUUUCUAGUAUUUUAGUUGUGUAUAAAUGAUAAGAAUUGUAAUAUAGCGUUCUG